GGGGGGUGCAUGGUGAUUGCCCCCUGCCUCACAUGAAUAUGGUAGAUCAUGCAUCGCCAUCACCCCCAUUGUCUCUUCCCUCCCACAUUUCGAAAACUCAUUCCCAUCGUAACACUCCAUGCCCCGCCGCCCGCCCUUCUUCGUCAAUUUUGUUCGAUGGCAAAAGCGGGGGCUAAAGCAAAAUAUCACACACGUGGGUUCCCUGUUCUCAAAAUGGCAGCCUCCACGUCCAUGAGCACGAACGUUGCUGUCGGAUCGCAUUUACAAGCUCGAUUUUUCACAAAACAGAAGAGAUUUAUUGUCAGCAACACACCUUUCUCAGUUCCAGCCAGUGUUGGUGUGGCUGAAUUAAGUUCGCUCAUCAAUAAACUUCUCAAUGAAGAUAAAGCAGAGGAAGACAUUGAAAAUGUCGAAUUUGAUUUCCUCAUUGAUGGCGAGUUUCUUCGAGUCACCCUUGCCGCUCAUCUGGAAGUCAAGCAGAUAUCGACAGAGACCGUUGUCGAUAUUGAGUAUGUGGUGAAACAGACGGCCCCUGAGCCAGUGGGAAGUAUACUUCAUGAUGACUGGGUGAGCUGUAUUCACAUGGUUGGAGAAAGAAUUCUCACUGGUUGCUAUGACAAUGGUGUCAGACUGUGGGGAAGAAACGGUGACAACAUAGCGACACUUCAGUAUCACACAGACCCUGUUAAAUGUGUUCGCUGGAUCAAAUCUGGUGAACCUGUAAGUUUGCUGGUGAGCGGGUCACAUGACCAGACUCUAAUCAUUUGGGAGUGGAAUGAGAGUGAAAGAAAGAGUAAACCACUCCACGUAUGCAAGGGCCAUGCUAAAAGUGUAGACACAGUUGAUGUCGACCAGUCACAGACAAGAAUAUGCAGUGGGUCUUUUGACAAGAUGCUGAAAGUUUGGUCUGCUGUUCCAAGUUCAGGGGAAGAAGAACCACCAGAAAUUCAGGAGCAACAAAAGAAGAGAGUACGGAGAGAUGGAAGUGCACCAGUUAUAAGAACGCCCAUUGCAACACUUGACGGUCACAAGGAAGCGGUAUCAUCUGUGAUAUGGACAGGAAAGGAUGAAGUGUGCAGUGCAUCAUGGGACCAUACCAUACAGAUGUGGGAUGUAGCACAAGGUUCUAACAAGUCAAAUUUGACAGGUACAAAGGCAUUCCUAAGUCUAUCUCAUUCUUCCUUGAACGGACUUCUAGCCAGCGGUAGUGUGGACAGGCACGUUAGGUUAUGGGACCCAAGAAUCAAAGAUGGAGCAGUAGUAAAGUCAUCACUCACUCAUCACACGGGAUGGGUAUCAUCGGUGUCGUGGUCGCCUAGCAACCAGAAUCAACUUCUGUCAGGAUCCUAUGACAAGGCUUUGAAACUCUGGGACAUUAGAAGCCCGAAGGCACCUCUCUUCAAUAUGACAGGUUUGGAUGAGAAGAUCCUGACUGUUGAUUGGUCAAUACCUGAUCUGCUUUUAUGCGGAGGAGCCGAUAAUUGUCUUCAUAUGUUUAGCACAUCAGAAGCAUUAUCGUCUGAGACAUCGUCGGACGUCAACAAGGCAGACUGAGUAGUUACUUCCAUGGUAUCCUCAAUGAUCAGUAUCCUCAACAAUGGUAUCUUCAACGAUAUCGUCAAUGAGGCCUACCCACUAGGGCUGCACAAUAUGAUGAUGACUUGAAAAACUGUGACAUUGAAACUUUAUUGAAUCUAUGGAUCUUUGAUAAAGAGCGUAUAAGGCAACUUGUCAAAAGUCUGUAUCACGUCUAUUAGGGGUAAUCGCGCUAUAAGUGUGCUUUGCGUCUUAUAGUAGCUUUCGCACGUCUAUUAUUUUAUUAAUGAUGAAGUGUGAGGAUAAGUAUUGAAAAGCCGCUUGCAGGAUUCUUGCAGGAAAGACAUGACUCUAACUUUUGACUAGAUGCCUUACAAGAUUGUUCAUAAAGACCCCUUAUCUUUUCUCCCUUGAAUAUGGUUUAAUCUCAUUGGAGCAUGUAUUGCAGGGAAACUUCAUAAAGAUUAAAGGGGAAUCCAACCCAUAAAAAACUUGUUUUUAGAGGAAAAAGAAAAAUCAGACAAUUUGAUAGGUGAAAGUUUGAACAAUAUUGGACAAACAAUGAAAAAGUUAUGAAUUUUUAAGAGUUGUAAACAUUGGUAAUCACUAUACCCAUGGUGACUUCAAAUUGGCAGUAUAUGUGAUGUCAUAAUGAUGUAAGGCAAGGACAACUCUUCCAUAUACUCCAAUACAUAAAAUGGCCAACAUGUAAUUUUUUUUCCAAUAGUUUUUCUUAAGAUUAUAUUUCUUUCAUGAGGAAAUAAAAAAAUAUACUACCUGGGUUAUAUUUAGUUUACUGCCCCAGGGGAAUGGUUACUUAGGAUUAAACCACAAAUCCCUAAUGAUUAAGGACAUGGCCUAUGGGAAAGUUGUCCUUGCCCCUUGUCAUAAUUUACAUACCCAGUUGCCAGUUUGAAUCUACAUAGUCUUAGGGAUGUCAGUUUUAAAGCAGCCAACUAUCUUAUUACUUGUCUGAUUUCUGUCAAACUUUCACCAUUCUGUUUCAUUUAUCUUUCUCCUUACCAUCACAUUUUAUGACCAAGGCUGGAUUCCCCUUUAUUAAAGUAGUGCAAAUGGGUAUGUGGUAGGAUUCAUUCCUCUAAUGGACUAGGUAAAGCCUACUGGAACUUUUGUCCCUUGAAUAUGUUUCACAUUGGAGCAUGUACUAAAGAGAAUGUCUUUAUAAAGACAUCCUUCUUAUAAAGACCAAUUUAAUAUAAAUGCGCGGGUGGUAGGAUUAAUUUCUUGGAUGGACUAGUAGGGUAUAAAGGCCGUAGAAGCUAAAGUCUGGCUAGUGAUAAACCAUGGCCCAUUGGAUGUGCAGAGUAUAGCUAAUCAUAUAAUGUAUUGUGUGCUAUGCAAGAAUAGCACAUUGUUCAUAAGUUGUAUUUUUAUCACAUUUUAUUCCCACAAUGUUGUCUUGUGACUUACACUCACUAAUUUCAAUGUUUUAAACCAUUUUAUUGAACAAAAUGAAGAAAUAAUAUCAUUCUGUCUGCUGUGAUAAUUGACAAGGCGCCUUCGCAGGAAAAGUUGCAGUCAAUACCAACUCCAAAAAAUGCAAUGUAUCUUGAUUCUCAGUCAAUUUGAAUUGUGCAUUUUGGAUUGAUGCAACGUUUCCUUCAAAAGGCCCCAGAUCUGGGGCCCGUUUCAUAAAGGACUUGCAACUGUUGCAACUUUGCCAUUAUGGCAACUACCAUGGUAACAGGGCUCAGCAGCCAAUUAGAAUCAAGGUUUCCAUGGUAGUUGCCAUAAGAACAAAGUUACAGCAGUUGCAAGUUCUUUAUGAAAUGGGCCCCAGAUAUACCCCUUGAAUCAAUAAUCAGUUUUGUCUAAUCCCUGAUUUUCUCCCACCACCAUCUCGUCUGAUGGUUCUUUGACGAAUCAAAACUUGCUUUCUUCUUUUCUCAAGUUGGUUAAAAAUAGAAUUCAACUGAAUUGGGCCGAGUAUUCUAAAAUACUACUUGGUGUUGGUUAUGUUUUCCCUUAGUCCAAAGCCAUUUGGUGUAACUCCAAAUCGGAAAGAUUAAUGGGGAUUUGUAAGAAAUUUGCAAACGAUUAAGUCAAUUUUAGCUCCAAAGAUCAGUCAUGAAUCUUUCAUUCGAUUGAAAGUUGCAUAUGAUUGAUGAUCUGUAUCUUGAAACGUAGAAUAAUGAUUGAUUUGCCACUGCUAAUAUUGAUCGAUCAGUUGCAGUCGGUUCUUUCUUUUAAACACCAACUUGUGGCUAGAGAGUAAGUGGAGACUAGUUACAGAUCAAUGGGUCUUGUAUAUGUGAUGAUUAGACAAACGGGUGAAUUGGUUGUAGACAAAUUUGGAUUAGACAACGGGGAAUGAGACCAAACAUUUCUUAGACAAACUGAUUAGCCAAAAGUCAUAAUUUUCCGUGUUUUGGGGAAGAGGCAGGUCGGUGUCAAGGUAUAGAUUUACAUAAAUUUGUGUAGCAGGGGAAAUGUUUUAUCAGUUCCUUUCUUGUAAAGCUUUUUUUUUCAAAUAAAAUGAAUGCUUUUAUAGAA